ACCUCUCCUACAAAAUCCCCAUUCUGAUAUUUUUUUUUUUCUGCAGCCGAGAUACGCUUUUGCCGCAAAGAUGCAGAUCUUUGUGAAAACCCUAACGGGGAAGACAAUAACCCUUGAGGUCGAAUCGUCAGACACCAUCGACAAUGUGAAAGCGAAGAUCCAAGACAAGGAAGGAAUCCCACCGGACCAGCAGCGAUUGAUAUUCGCCGGAAAACAGCUGGAAGACGGGCGCACACUCGCCGACUACAACAUACAGAAGGAGUCGACGCUUCAUCUCGUGCUCCGUCUUCGUGGUGGUGCGAAGAAGAGGAAGAAGAAGACGUACACGAAACCGAAGAAAAUCAAGCAUAAGCAUAGGAAGGUGAAGCUCGCUGUUCUCCAAUUCUACAAAGUCGAUGGAUCUGGUAAGGUUCAGCGUCUCAGGAAAGAAUGCCCAAACGCAACUUGCGGUGCUGGAACGUUCAUGGCUAGUCACUUCGAUCGCCAUUACUGUGGCAAGUGUGGUCUCACUUACGUCUACCAAAAAGAGGGAGCUGAGGAAUGAUACCUUAAAUCGGUAGAUGUAUCACUCUCUCUCUCUCUUUCUCUAUCUCUUAAGAACUGGUUACGAUUUGGUACUUUUAUAAGUUUUGUUGGUUGUAAUGGAUUCGGUGUUAAACAUCUUUUGUUCUGGAUUUCUUAUCUGGAGUGAUGAUAUUUCUAGUUUUAAAUUCUGUUAGCCCGUUGAUUAAUC